AGGUAGAUCCUACUGGUAUUAUCACAUAUUUAAGAGAUGAGGAAACUGAAGCUAAAAGAGGUUACGCUUGUCCAAAGUCAUAAAAUUUGGAAGGCAGUAAUGAGGCUUUGCAGAGUCAAUUUAUCUCAUCAUCACAUAACAGGUUCCUUGAUUUACAAAUCAAGUGACCUAAGGCCAAUGAUGUAAACAACCAUAAAGAAGAGGGUCAAGGAUGUGUUGAAGGUAGGGAAGAUGAUUAAAUGAUGUUAAACAGUAAAAUGAAGGCCUAAGAAAUACAAAGUACUUUAACAUAUAUGUGCCACAUUCCAUUAUUUCGCUAUUAUUUUAAAUAGGCUCCCAGAAUGGAAGUGCUUCUUUGUAUCUCUUUAAAGGCUUAGGAUAGCAUGCUGAUUUCAAGUACGUCCCAAGAUAUUAGGCAGACUCGGGUCCAAAUGCAGCUCUGGUAGCUACCUUCUUAUUGGAUUAGGUUCAGUGCCAGUCAACAGCUUACUAUGGCUUUGUCCUCAACCAGUCCCACGGGGGACUUGAAUUCAAAUCAUGCUAGCAUCAUAUCCACUAGUUAAAAUCAAAACAAACUGUUUAAAGAGGAAAUGCUGACAAAAUCUCUGUCAAUAAAACUUUGAAAAGAAAGGUUUUCCUUUGCUGGCAAGUCUUUAAAAUGGAGGCAUCUUGGUGUUAGGAAGCCGCGCGUUUGAAUCUUACCUCAGAUAUUCUGUGUUACACUGGGUAAACCGCUCUACCUGCCAUGCUGCUUUAGCUGUAAGGUGAUGAAUUAAACCUGUAACCCUUCUGCCAAAGAUAUGAAAUCACAAAUAGAUGACUUGGGAAACAUUCUUAAACUGUAUAAUGGUAGACACCAUUUCUGAAAUGUACGGAUGCUAGGAGACUCCCAGGGCCGUGCAGUGACUCGAGUUUGGAGAAUUCACUAUUGAAAAGCUCCCGGCGACUCCAGUAAAGGAGGGAGAUGCUCAGACGGAGGUGUGGUCUCAUCCCUGCCAUGGUGGGUAGGACCCAGGGCCCUUCCAUCCUCGGGGCAUUUUCCUUGACUUCUCGAUUAGUGGCUGUGUGGAUCAUUCCUUGGUUUAAGUCUAUUGGAACCCAGUAGAUGAUAUCUAGGCAUACCUCUCAGUGGCUAUUAAUAUUUCAGCAUGAAUAGUGGUUUGUUAUGAAAAACACGUUUUGUUUUUCUAUAAAUGUUAUGCCCUACACUGGAGAAGGCUGCAGAUUCUUUCCAAAGAAAAGGGUUCAUGAACAGGUUGAAAUCCUGCAACUCUGUAGGAAAAAUUCCACCAUCACAAGCCAGUGAGUUAGGAAAAUGACUUUUAUUCAUGUUUAAGACAGGCUUCAAUUUUUCUAAAAAGACCCCAAGAAAUGUCCUGGAAAGAAAUAUUUUUUUAAAAGGUUUGGGAGCAGCUGGAUAGCUCAGUGGAUGGAGAGCCAGGCCCAGAGACGGGAGGUCCUGAGUUCAAAUCUGCCCUCAGACACUUCCUAGCUAUGUGACCCUGGGCAAGUCACUUGACCUCCACAGCCUAGCCCUGACCGCUCUUCUGCCUUGGAGCCAAUACCUUUGGAAGCAAACCCUACAAAUUUGGUAGCUUAGAACGCAAACCUCAGGAACCAGGAGACCCCAAGCUCCAAACCUAACUGCUUCUGUGCCAACUCUCUUAAAAUUCUAAGUGGCAGAAAAGUAGACGAUAGAUGAACAAAUCGAUUUAGGAAGAGCCCGUGCUAGCUAACGAAAACACCGGCCCAGAAGGCGUCAAUGUGCAUGCAUGUGCACACACUUGUCCCUUACCCAGCAGAGGCUCAAGUACAGCCGAGUCUGGUUAGGCUCCUGGGAGCUCUCGCCUCGCUUUACUCCGGGGCCUCAAACUUGGAAAACUGCGAUCAGAGCCGAUGUGCAAUCCAAUGAUUUUGGCAGUGGCAGCCCGAGGACAAGGUGCUUGGAGAAGGGCCCCAGGAAAGGGAAUGCAUAUCCCCUUUGCUGCCAUUUGCUCAGUCAAGCCUCUUCCCGGCCCAGAAGCGGAGAAGGCGGGGCCCCGGGCCCCAAUCUAUCCUAAAUACUACCCUUAAAGUGAAUGGGAAGGGGCCGGCCGAGCGCUCAAAGUCCUGGGUCGGCCAGGCGGGCUAUCGCGGGCUCCGCCGCGACGUCCGCCCCGCCCCCGCCCCUCCCGGUGCCGACGGAUCCCGUAGCGUCGCAGCCGCGGUCACGGGCGCGCGCGUCGGAUGCUCUUCGGUUAAAAUGGCCGGAGAGGGAGCCCGCUGCUCCCCCCGCCUCGGCUGGGCCUUCCCGAAGGCGGACUGUGCCGGGCCUUCCGACAGUUAGGCCCCGGCGCCGGCCCGGUCUGUUCCCACCCUCCCCCGCUCACCUGGCUCCCUGGCAAAGGCAUGAAGCCCCAGCCUCGCGCCGGGGCCCCCCGCAGCUGACAUCUGCUCCCGGGCCGGGCCGUGAACGAGCAGCGAGUGAGAGUGCGUGUGAGCGCGCGUGUCUCGCAGUCGCGGCCGGCGGGGGGAGGGCUCUCGCCUCUCCCGUCUCCUUCCCCCCCCUUCUCCGCCCGGCUCCUUCCUCGGGGCCUUCUAUAUGGGCCACCUCCUCUCGAAGGUGCCGCGUAACCGUCACAGCCAGAAGGGCCCCCGGUGCUGCUGCUGCUGGUGCCGCCGCCGCCGCCACCGCCACCUCCUUCGGCUGCCUCGCUUGCCUCCGGCCAAGGCACCUCCCCUGCCCUCGCCUUCUCCCUCGCCGCCGCCCCGGAGCUGGGACUGUUUGCUCCGCGGGCCCUGCAUGCUCUGCUUCAUCGUGCACAGCCCCAGUACGUCCGCCCCAACCGCGGCCGCCGGCCUAGAGGAGGAGUCGCCGCGGGACCGGGACCGGGCCUACGCCGCCACCUCGCAGCACCUGGCGCACCGCAGGGCGGCUGAGGACUGCGCCACCGCCGCCCGCCACUUUCUGCUCUCGUCCGCCACGGCCGCCGGCUCCGCGUCGUCGGCCGCCUGCUGCAAGGAGCUUGGCCUGGCCGCCGCUGCAGCCGCCGCCGCCUGGGAGCAGCGGGAGCAGCAGCAGGGCAGAAGCCUCUUCUUCCCCGGCGUGGGGCCCAUCCGCUUCCUGGGGCCGCCGCCGCCUCCUUUCCAACUCUUCCGGGGGCAGCCGGCGGCCGAACCCCCCACCCUGCCUGACAUGGUGUGUAAGCGGAAGGGGGCCGGGGUCCCCGCGUGCACCCCUUGCAAACAGCCCCGCUGUGGUGGCGGGGGGUGUGGGGGGGGAGGAGGCAAGCCCGGAGGAGGCGGGGGCGGUGCAUCGCCGCCCCGUCCUCCGGAGGCCAGCAGCUGCCAGAGCCCCGAGCAGCCCCCGCCGCCGCAGCUCUGCCCUCUGCCCGCGGCCUCUGACUCCUCGGACUGUGCGGGCGCCGCUCUGCGGAGGGACCCCGCGGGCGAGAGCCUCGGUGGCCCAGCGGCUGCCGCGGCAUCCGCUCCGCCACGGCCGGAGGGGGGCGACCCGGAGUCUCUGGACCCCCCCGAGAACCCCAGCGACUGUUGCAGAGAGCCGCCCCCCGAAACCGCCGGCAUCAAUCAGCUGCCGCCUUCCAUCCUGCUCAAGAUAUUUUCCAAUUUGUCCCUGGAUGAACGUUGCCUUUCUGCAUCAUUGGUUUGCAAAUAUUGGCGUGACCUGUGUCUAGACUUCCAGUUUUGGAAGCAGUUGGACCUUAGUAAUCGUCAGCAGGUCACUGAUGAACUAUUGGAAAAAAUCGCAUCAAGGAGUCAAAAUAUAACUGAAAUCAACAUUUCUGAUUGUCGAAGUAUGUCUGAUACUGGAGUGUGUGUUCUAGCAUUUAAGUGUCCUGGACUACUUAGGUAUACAGCCUAUAGGUGUAAACAACUUUCUGACACCUCUAUCAUUGCAGUUGCCUCUCAUUGUCCCUUACUUCAGAAAGUACAUGUAGGCAACCAGGACAAAUUAACCGAUGAAGGACUCAAGCAGCUGGGUUCAAAGUGCAAACAACUGAAAGAUAUUCAUUUCGGCCAGUGUUACAAGAUUUCAGAUGAAGGAAUGAUUGUUAUAGCUAAGGGCUGUCUGAAGUUGCAAAAAAUUUACAUGCAGGAAAACAAAUUAGUGACAGAUCAGUCAGUAAAAGCAUUUGCUGAACACUGUCCUGAACUACAGUAUGUUGGUUUUAUGGGCUGUUCUGUUACUUCAAAGGGGGUCAUUCACCUAACAAAGUUAAGAAAUCUUUCCAGUUUGGAUUUACGUCACAUCACUGAACUGGAUAAUGAAACUGUGAUGGAAAUAGUCAAGAGGUGCAAAAAUCUUAGCUCCCUCAAUCUCUGCCUGAACUGGAUCAUUAAUGACAGGUGUGUAGAAGUCAUUGCAAAAGAAGGACAAAAUCUGAAAGAGCUAUAUUUGGUGUCUUGUAAAAUCACUGACUAUGCACUGAUAGCCAUUGGACGAUACAGCAUGACAAUAGAGACUGUAGAUGUUGGAUGGUGCAAAGAAAUCACAGAUCAGGGAGCAACCCUGAUUGCACAGAGCAGCAAGUCUCUCCGAUAUUUAGGGCUGAUGAGAUGUGACAAGGUGAAUGAAGUGACGGUGGAGCAGCUCGUGCACCAGUAUCCGCACAUCACCUUCAGUACCGUCCUGCAAGACUGCAAGAGGACCCUGGAGCGUGCUUAUCAGAUGGGCUGGACACCCAACAUGUCCAACGCCUCCUAAACACCUCCUGCAGUAUCUUAAGCAAACUCUGACACAUCCAGCAGCUGUGAGGGGAGUGGCCGAUGGGGGGUGUAGGAUAGGAUCUCUGGAGGACGUCUUAACGUUCGCCUUUCUUGGUGUCGAUGUGAGUGUGUGUGUGCACAUGAGUGAGUGUGUAUUUUCCAUUUGGAUUCUACAGAACAUAAGAGCAGAUGUUAGUUGUUAACCCGAUGAGUCUUUUAUUUUUUAUUUUUCAAAAUUAAGGAUUUUUAAAACAAUGGAUCUUCUUAGGUUUGGGGCCCUUUCCUGGAAAAAAAAUGUAAGAUAGAAUGGCCGAAUUGGAUUUGUUUUUCUGAACAUUAAAUUCUUACUCUCUUUAAAAUAUGCGGAUCUCCCCAAAGGAGUGGCCACUUUCUUUAACUGAUGUAAUAUAAUUGUUGACUUCCACAAGCCAUAGUAAAUAGAAGUGAUUUUACACUGAUUAUGAACCCUAGAAACCAGUAUUUUCAUAAAAAGAAACACUUUGUGCCGGAUUCUUUCUAUUGCAGAUGCCAUUUCUCGGCAUGCAGGCACUUUUCAGGCCAUUGGGAAUCAUUGGGCGGACCAUCAUCGUGUCCACCUAAAGGCAUCAUCUCAAAUAGCACCACAGGAUGACAGGGACACUAGACAGAGCAGAGCCCUGGAACACUGUAAGGCGAGAAGCCGUGUGAAGUCUCUGUGCUAACUCGGUCAAUUAUUCGUUGUUCUGCAAGUGGUUCGAGUUACCUAGAGUACGAAAGAUUUUUGUGGGGUUGACGUUAAUAUUGUAUUAGCUAUGGUUUCACUGCAAGCACCAAUUGAGGAGCAGAUUUUACUUUGACUAAAAUUGGGACGAAUCUCCAUAUUAUGGACAGUGAAGCCACCGUUUUAAUUAAGGAUGUGCUGUUAUGACAGAAUCUAUAGAUCAUUUAAUUGUUUUCUUCAUUUUGAUAAUUAUGAAAAUCCUUUUCUAUGAUUUUAAUUGGAAUGUUAAUGAACGAUAACUAAUAUUUAAAUAGACAAUCUGUUGAUUUUUGUUUCUUUUUCUUUUGGAUUUAGAAAUGCUGAUAUGUAGAAAGGAUUUGUUUUUGCAUGUUCUUGUUUUUUGAGUGGUAGGUAUGUCGCAGGUAAAGAAUGAAUGUUGGCUAACAAUUAGAAAAUUACUUAUGCUCCUGUUUACACUUUUGUUGUCAAUAUUAAUCAUUUAGUUCUUUUAAGAAAGAUGUCUAGCUGUCAGCAAAAUGCCUGUCAGUAAAUUAAAAUGUAUUUAAAUCUCUGUGUCCCAUAUUUGAUAGCGGUAACCCAGGCUCAGUUAAUUCUUUCCUGUGUUGACAUAUGUAAUCAAGGCAUAGGAUCUGCUUAACAUAAAGUAUACUAUCCUUCAGAGUAGAGCUAGAAACAGAGCCCUGUUUCAUAAAUUUGCUAUUUAUUCUUCCAUGCUUUGGCCAUUAGCCACUAUUCUGUCUUUUAACAGAUAUCUUAAAUGAGGUUCCUGUAGCCACAGGUACCUUAUUUCCCCCCAAAGUUGUAGAUGAUAGUAGCUUUGGGAAGUAAGCAUGGUGUUAAAUAUGUAUAUCAUUCACUAUUUAAAAUUUCUUUUUUUAAACAACUGUCUCCUCUGAUUAUGUUACCAUGUCAAUGUUGCCUGUUUUUUUUUUAAAAGUCCAAAUCAUAUUUAAAAAGAAAAAAAAAAUCCUUGUCAGUAAGCAGCAGAAGUGUUUCCCAUGACUAUGCAGGAGAUUGCUAACUUUCUCUGGAAGGACAUUAUUACUCUGGAAGAAAGAGGCUGUUUAUAAUUAACAAACUAUAUUUCUUACACCUUGUACUAUAUGAUUUUCAUACUCAUUUCCCAACUACUGAAAAAAUACCUUAGUUGGCAAUAUUUUAACUGGUUUUUAAUCUAAAACUGAUUUAUAAGACAAUAUGUGUAGUCAUAGCUUGAAUGAAUAAGCAAAAGUUUAAUUUUCUAUAUAUGUCACAAUAUAUUUUAAAUAGUUAAAAAUUACAAAAGAAGUGACAGCCAUCAAAAAUGGAAACGUCAUGGCUUCCAGUGGAAGUUAUAACCUUCAGAGUGUUGCUGUUCAGUUACUGAAUGUUUUUUGAGGUGUACACUUGAGUUUUUCCCCCCUUAAAAAUGGUUUGAAACUAAAAAAUAGUGCUCUAAAGUGCACAGGCUUUAUUAAAGGGGUUGCAUUUCAUUCUUUGAGACACAGGCUAAAUCUCAAUUUGGUACAUUCAGAGAAAGUUCACAUCUAACCCCAAAGUAUUCACUGCAGAGGACAACCAAAACCUCAUCCAUAGCAAGGAUUACAGGUAUUGUUGUUCAGUUUGUCCUUCAAUUAGAUGCUUCAAAAUGAGGUUUGCAACAGUUCUGAAAAAUGUAGCAUUUUGCUUGGAAUGUCACAAAUAUAUGUAGACAAAUUGAAUGCUCGUCUUUUUAUCUUCUCCAAAAUCUCUACAGCCCUUUCAGAAUAAAGACAAUGAAUGAUAUUGCUGAAGUAGAAAAGAUUGGUCCUUUGUCUUGAAUUCCCCUUUAUGAGUGCAACAAGAAAAUUCAGCCUUUGUAGGUUUCUAUUUUUCCGUGGAACUUUUGACCUUGCAAUGGGUUGAAAUAAAAAAGAAGUAAAACACA